CAGACACGCAUUCCAACCCCCGUCCUGUAGGAUUCAGGGUGGGUCGUUCCCUUCCCUCCGACAGCUGUUUUUCCAUCUAGUGGAGUUGGAACUGGAAAACCUGAGGUAUCUCCCACCUCUCUACACUAACACAUGGGAUCUGAAUGAGUCCGUCCGUGUGUGUUGCUUCACAGCAGUCUGUUUGGGAUCGUCUGGUCACUCAGUCUGGACAUCAGUUCCUACCUGGUCCACAGACAGGCUAAUAGUUGAUCCUUUAACUGAGGAGUGAAAAGACAGAGCGUAGCCGAGUCCCGGAGACCACAGGUUGCCCUGCCAUCUCCCUGUUACCACCUCCAGCAAGGCAUCAUCCAUGGCUAAAGGCUUCUACAUCAGUAAGAACAUGGGGCUAGCAGGUCUUCUGAUGGGGGCUGUAGCAGUGGUCAUCAUCAUAGCCCUGGCAGCAGUCUACGAUAAAGAAAAGACCAAGAACCAGAAUAAACCUGUGGAUGGUGUGGCCACUGCCUCUCCAACCACCUCCUCCACCUUCUCCACUCCUAAAGACCCCUGGGAACACUACAGACUGCCUGACUCCCUGUCUCCUGUCUCAUACAACAUCACCCUCUGGCCUCGACUGGUUGUCAACGCCUCUACUGGCCUCUACAUCUUCACAGGACAGUCAGCUGUGGUGUUCCAGUGUAAGAAGGACACAGAUCUGAUCGUCAUCCACUGUAACAAGCUGAACCUGACUCUGCUCAACGGCCACCAUGCUAGACUGACUGGCCUGGAUGGAGCGACUGCUCCCACCGUAAAGACUAGCUGGCUGCAGGUGAAGACGGAGUACCUGGUCAUUCAGCUGAAUGGGAAGCUAACUGCUGGGAAGUCCUAUAGACUUUCCACAGACUUCCAGGGAGAGCUGGCUGAUGACCUGAAAGGAUUCUAUAGGAGUGAAUAUACAGAAGAUGGUGGUAAAAAAGUUGUAGCCACGUCUCAGAUGCAGGCUACGUUCGCCAGGAAAGCCUUCCCCUGUUUUGAUGAACCUGCCAUGAAGGCCGUCUUCCACAUAACGCUCAUCCACCAACGAGGAACUGUAGCUCUGUCCAACGGCCGGGACGUUGAGACCGUCAACAGCACCAUAGAAGGCACUGAAGUCACCAUGACCAGAUUUGAGCCCACUAAAAGAAUGUCAACAUACCUCCUGGCAUUUAUCGUCAGUGACUUCGAUCAUAUCACUGGAUCGAUAGAGAACAACAAUGUUUUGGUCCGUAUCUGGGCUCGGAGGAAAGCUAUAGCUGAGGGACACGGAAACUAUGCUCUCAAUGUUACAGGACCAAUGCUCAAGUUUUUUGAACGAUACUACAAUGCCAGCUACCCACUGUCCAAGUCAGACCAGAUAGCUCUGCCUGACUUCAAUGCUGGAGCCAUGGAGAACUGGGGUCUGAUCACCUACAGAGAGACAGCCCUCCUGUACGAUCCAGCCAUCUCCUCUGUUGGAAACAAAGAGAGAGUCUUGACUGUGGUGGCUCACGAACUGGCUCAUAUGUGGUUUGGGAACCUGGUGACUCUGAGAUGGUGGAAUGACCUGUGGCUGAACGAGGGCUUUGCCAGCUACGUGGAGUACCUAGGAGCUGACUACGCUGAACCCACGUGGAACAUCAAAGAGCAGACCAUCCUGAAUGAUGUCCACAAGGUGUUUGCUGUGGACGCCCUGGCCUCAUCUCAUCCUCUGUCCCGGAAAGAGGAGGAAGUCAACCAGCCUGACGAGAUCAGUGAGAUGUUCAACACCAUCUCCUACAGCAAGGGUGCUGCAGUUCUGAGGAUGCUUUCUGAGUUCCUGACAGAGCCGGUCUUCGCCAGAGGACUUAGUUCAUACCUGAAUGAGUUUGCCUUCAACAACACAGUGUAUUCGGAUCUCUGGGAUCAUCUUCAGAAAGCAGUCCUCACCACUCCAGGGAUGAGUCUACCUCACACGGUGCAUGACAUCAUGAACCGCUGGAUCCUUCAGAUGGGCUUCCCAGUGGUUACCAUAGAUACGGCCACGGGGCACAUUACCCAGAAGCACUUCCUCCUGGACCCUGACUCUGUAGUGGACAGACCCUCUCCAUACAA